UUUAAAGGAGUGCUAAAUGAUCUAUUAGCAAGGAAUGCAACAGGAAAUGAACUUUGAGGAUUAUGGUAAUAAGACGAGACUUCGUAUUAUAACUCAAAGAGAAAGGAAUUGAGACAAGAAAGGCAGAAUUUUGUCGCUACGAAAAUUACUGGAAGUAAAGGGUUUUUGAUGUCCAUAUAAGGUAAACAAGAUCACCCCAUUCGUCACGAGAAGUUGCGCGUUUUAUUCAGUCAUUUGGAAAGCUCUAAAGAUGCAGUUUUACACCACAAUGAAAGAAGCUAUAUUGCCACCGUGAAUGUAUAUCGCGACAUUUUGUGCGCGAUGACAGAAUGACGUAAGUUAUGAAUGAUGUCGUGGAUACAACAAAUAUUGCACAAGGUAUCAAGGUGUUGUCUUUAACAAAAUAUCGUUGAUCGCGUCAACACCAGCUUACCACAGAAUAUUUAAGCGAAAAUCUGUCGUAAUUCAUCAGCUUUGGUAAGUCUAAUUUUAUUAUCUUUGUGUGGUUUAUGUUGCAUGGUCUGUCAGUGUCAAUAUCAGCCUCGCUACCGAUCACUGUAGGUUUAAUAGUUCCACUGGUCGCCACGUUUACACUUUACCAGAUUCCCGAGUCACGAGAUUAACCCUUGUCGUUUUCGAGUAAUCUUUGUCAACAAAUCUUAGUUCAUUCACAAUUAUUGUUUGAUUUUAUUGUAAAAUCCUAAUUCAAAGUGUUCAGAGCGUUCUCAAACUGGAAAAUACGAUAUCGUGUCAGAGACAGAGGGAAUAUUGUACAGUGUAAACACAACUAUGAACUAUUGGGCGGCGAGGCGUUCCUUGAGGAUGAUAUACUCAUAUACACAUAUAAUAACUCGACUAUCAAUAAUACCAAUCUCAAGUUGAUACUUGGUAAAUAAAAGAGAAAAGCAAGUGUCUGAAAUGAAUACAAUUUUCGCACCGUGUUUAGUAAACUUUUAGUGUCAAAAUAAACCACUUUUGAAUCUUGUAUGCGAGAUAAUAACUCAACUAUUAAUAAUGCCAAUCUGAAGUUGAUACUUGGUAAAUAACAAAGAAAUGCAAGUGUGUGAAAUGAAUACAAUUUUCGCACAAGUUUAGCAAACUGUUAGUGUCAAAAUAAACCACUUUUGAAUCUUGUAUGCGAGAUAAUAACUCAACUAUCAAUAAUACCAAUCUCAAGUUGAUACUUUGAAUAACAAAGAAUGCAAAUCUCUGAAGAUAUUAAAACUCUCUCAACACGAUGGUAAAGAUAGCAAAUCGAAACUAGUUUCGUAAUUAGUUUUUACAAAUUUUGUAAAAAGGAUGAUAACUCAAUCCACAAACCAUUUGAAAGAACUUGAAAUAUUCCAUUGAUACUCGAAAUAUCGAAGACAUGCAAAUUAAACGACGGGAAUAAAUACAAGUUUCGCAGCAUGAUGUUGAAAAUAUUUUUGUCACAGCAAACUGCGUAGUUUCGCAAGAAUGAUUUUUGAAUGACGUGGACAUCACGCAAUGUUUUGAAGACAAUAAAUAAUACGACAUUUCAAGGUGUUGUCUUAGACACAAAAUACCGUCGAACGCGUUAACACCAGCUUGUUCCAAAAUCGUUACGUAAAAAUCUGUCAUAAUUCAUCAUCUUUGGUAAGUCUUAUUUGAUUAUCUUUGUGUGGUUUAAGUUGCAUGGUCUGUUAGUGUCAAUAUCAGCCUCGCUACCAAUCACUGUAGGUUUGAUAUUUCCAUUGGUCGCCACGUUUACACUUUACCAGAUUCUCGAGAUCAACACUUCAUGAGUAAUGUUGGCAUAUAGUAUAAGAGAUUUUGCUGGCUUGAAUUUGAAUAUCAAAACCCUUUCGUGGAAACAAAUACCUAUAUUCUUUCUCUAUUUCUCUCUCUAGCCUAAAUUUGACUUCAGAUUGUAAAUUACACUGCUAAGGUGUACUCAAUUCGAAACGAAAAUCGUUGUCUAUUAUUUGUGUCGUCUACGCCAUCGGUCCAGUUUUAUUGAAUGCCUAAAACGAAGUACAUUGUUACUUCAAUUAAAUAAUUUUAUCGCCAUUGAAUCGUCUAUGGCUACAGUGCAAUAAAGGUUUAUUUCAUCAUUUCACUUUUCAAUAAUUCCGUGGACUGGAUUUCUAAGGGUUAAAGCACAUAACAAUUAUGAAAUUUUUUCAGAUAAAUUGAGCUCAUCAUGGACGGAGGCUAUGAACCAGAACGGUUCAUUGGUCAAAUUAGACAUGAUUUAAUUUGCUGUAUUUGCCUCUGUGUUUUGAAGAAUCCACGAUUAUGCGAGGCAGGAGAACAUCUGUUUUGUUUGAGUUGUAUAACACGAUCCCUUGCUAACGAUGAAAAAUGCCCCAAGUGUCGACAACACCUUACUCUAGCAACUCUGAAACAUCCCCAAGGGUUAAUAAGGACCAUUUUAUCAGAGCUAAAAAUCAAAUGUGUUUACAUCGAUCGUGGGUGUCCGGAGCAAGUUGAACUUGGAAACCUUCAGGAUCACGCAAAUAAUUGCGAAUACCGUCCAGUGUCGUGUGAAAAUUGUCGCCGUGAGAUUGAACCUCACAUUACUCGUAUUUCGCGAAGACUUGAUGAAAUGGAGGAAAGUCAAAAUUUAUACAGUCAGCAAGUGAAUGAAGUCAACAAUAGUUAUGAAGAAAUUCGUACUUUGACGAAUGAAAUAGAAGAGGAGAAAAAAAAUGAGGUCAUUGGAAAUAAAAGAAAAUAUGGGAAAAUACAUGAAACAGUGAAGAAAAUGAAGACAAAUGUCAACAAACUGACACCGUCUCAAGCUGAGCUGAAUAUUAAGCACCUUGAAAUGGCAAGAAAACAAGAUCAAAUGGAAGUGAGACAAGAUGAGACGAAGAAAGCUCUUGACAAGAUGAAACAAACCCAAUCAGGAAUUAACGAGAAAGUAGAGAAAAUGGAGAUGAUGGAACGCAAGUUGGAAAGAGUUGAAGGAUUAUUUGGUCAGCUAUUCCAAGAAAAUAUUUUCAACAGAAAUGGUGCUCAAGCUACGGAUCCCACAAUUCCCACUAACAACCAAGACGUUAUUAUUCUUGGAGGUUGGUAUGACUUUGUGUACACACCCCCUUUGAAUACUGUUGAAAAAUAUAAUAUUGUUGAGAAGAGGUCGACUAUGUUGCCACCAUUGAAUCAUCCUCGAGCAUUAUCAGCAUCGUGUGUUUACGACCAUGACAUCCUAGUCGUUGGUGGUUUCGAUGGUAAAGAAGGAACUGACAGGAUCGAAGUAUUGAAGAUGAACCAACAUCCUUUGCGAUGGACAAUGUUUGAUGGUAAACUGCCUGUCAAAUUAUCCAGUCAUGACGUCAUAGUUUAUCAAGGAAAAUUAUAUAUAAUAGGAGGAUAUGACGAGAAUGAAGGAAAAGCAUCGACUGCCAUUUAUGAGAUUGCUCUUACCCCACCUUAUACUACUACCAAGCUGUUGACGAGAAUGCCUGAGGCAAGAUGCGAUCACAGAGCAGAACUUGUUAAUGGAAAACUAUUUAUCUUCGGCGGAACAACAACCGGCCGUGGUAAAGAUGCUCUUGACAGCGUUGUUGUUUAUGAUUUGAUUAACAAUGAGUUCAAACCAUAUCCAUCUUUACCUCAGCCCGUUAGUCGCAUGUCAACAGUCACCUGGGGUAAUAUGAUCAUCCUUGUUGGCGGCCAGGAUGAGAAUGAAGAGGCAUUAAGUGACGUCAUCAUGUAUGACGCUGAGACGGGGCGAAGUGAGAAACUGCCCUCCAUGAUUUACAAAAGGAGCGGCUGCUCAGCUGUCAUCAUGAAUGACGUCAUUGUCGUGUUUGGUGGAUUCAAUCGUAAGCAGAAAGAGCUCAACUCAGUGGAAACCUUCAGCGUUGGUGGAAAUGGCUGGGAAGAACAGCCAGGAAUGAUAGAAAGGAGAUGGUAUGCAACUGCUGUUGUAAAACCUCACAUCUGAAAGUUUUCCCAAUAUAAACUUCUUAUUGUGUCCUUGCAUGAAUAUGAUAAUAUUUUGUGUCGUGAUGGUCAAUCAUUGUUUCGGCGCUUUCUUGAUAUAUGACCAACCAGAAGUCUGUCCUUAAUCACAAUCCUGAAUCUAACAUGAAGUAUUUUAUUUAUAUUUCGGUUUUCUCAUAUAUCAAGAAACAGUCAUUUUCCACGUCACGUUGAUAACUGCUGUUGUCAUCUAUAAUAUUUCUAUAUUCUUAUACUGUGACGUCUGGUGAGGUUUAACCAAUAUUAUUAGUGUGUAAAUAUAUAACAUAAGAUAAAUAGAUAUAGAUAUAUAAUGUUUUAAUCAUGUAGUCAAUAUUUUACCCUAACCAAUGUUGAUAACUGCUUUUGUCAUCUAUAAUAUUUCUAUAUUCUUAUACUGUGGCGUCUGGUGAGGUUUAACCAAUAUUAUUAGUGUGUAAAUAGGUUCAAUUUGACAUUUUAAUCUUAACCAAUGGACAUUAGAAAUAAGCAGGACAUUAGAUUAAUUAGUGAAAUA